AACAACGAGGCUACAGACGAGCACGCCCCUCCACUUCAGCAGUCCGCCUCGGCUCACUCUCCAGCGGACCCGGUGCCGGUCUCUCCUCUCCGUCUGACAACUCCCCAGCGACCGAAGGAGGAGGGCGACGGGGAGCCUCAACUAGCAGCGCGGCGCUAACGUGAACGCUAGCUUCCUUCCGCUAAAACCCACCUGUGGGCCGACGGCGAACCCCCCCCCCAUACCCCGAGCUAUCCCCUCCCCCCCCCGCGAGAAGGAAGUUCGGUCGGAGGAGAUCGUCGGAUCACCAUGUCAGAUCCCGCCGGGGACGCCAAGUCGGAGCCGAAGCAAGCCAGCAAGGAGGUGAAGGAGAGUGAGAACGUGGCGGAAAAAUACUCGACCAUGACGGUGAGCAAGAACAGCGACGUGACCAUGGCGGAGCUGGCGUCCGCGUUCAGCGCCCUCCCCACUCACAAGCCCGUCAAGAAGCAAAUCCAGUUUGUGGAGGACAAGCAGGAGUUCAGCAGGUUCCCUACCAAGGCUGGACGUCGCUCCCUGUCCCGCUCCAUCUCUCAGUCGUCCACGGACAGCUACAGCUCCGCCGCCUCCUACACAGACAGCUCUGACGACGAGACCUCACCACGGGACAAAACGCAGGUCAACUCCAAGGGCAGCAGUGACUUCUGUGUGAAGAACAUCAAGCAGGCUGAGUUUGGCAGGCGGGAGAUUGAGAUUGCAGAACAAGAUAUGUCAGCCCUGAUUUCUCUCAGAAAGAGAGCGCAGGGCGAGAAACCGCUGGCGGGGGCGAAGAUCGUGGGCUGCACCCACAUCACUGCCCAGACCGCAGUGCUGAUUGAGACCCUGGUGGCCCUUGGCGCUCAGUGCCGCUGGACCGCGUGCAACAUCUACUCUACUCAGAACGAAGUAGCUGCAGCUCUCUCAGAGAUCGGUGUUGCGGUUUUUGCCUGGAAAGGCGAGUCGGAGGAUGACUUUUGGUGGUGCAUCGACCGCUGUGUCAACACAGAGGGCUGGCAGCCUAACAUGAUCCUUGAUGAUGGAGGAGAUUUGACCCACUGGGUAUAUAAGAAAUACCCCAACGUAUUCAAGAAGAUCAGGGGCAUUGUAGAGGAGAGUGUCACUGGUGUUCACAGGUUGUAUCAGUUGUCCAAAGCCGGAAAACUGUGUGUUCCAGCCAUGAAUGUGAACGACUCCGUGACCAAACAGAAGUUUGACAACCUCUACUGCUGCAGAGAGUCGAUACUGGAUGGGCUGAAGAGAACCACGGACGUCAUGUUUGGAGGGAAGCAAGUGGUUGUGUGUGGAUACGGAGAGGUUGGAAAAGGAUGCUGUGCUGCUCUCAAAGCGUUGGGAGCCAUUGUCUACGUUACAGAGAUUGAUCCCAUCUGUGGCCUGCAGGCCUGCAUGGACGGUUUCAGGGUGGUCAAGCUCAACGAGGUCAUCCGCCAUGUGGAUGUCAUCAUCACGUGCACAGGGAACAAGAAUGUGGUGACCAGAGAACAGCUGGACCGCAUGAAGAACGGCUCCAUUGUCUGCAACAUGGGCCACUCCAAUACUGAGAUCGAUGUGGCAAGCCUGCGGACCCCUGAGCUGACCUGGGAGAGAGUGCGCUCUCAGGUGGACCACGUGAUCUGGCCCGAUGGCAAGAGAGUCAUCCUCUUAGCUGAGGGGCGUCUCCUGAACCUCAGCUGCUCCACGGUCCCGACCUUCGUCUUGUCCAUCACUGCCACCACUCAGGCCCUCGCCCUCAUUGAGUUGUAUAAUGCUCCGGAGGGGCGGUACAAACAAGACGUUUACUUGCUGCCCAAGAAGAUGGAUGAGUAUGUUGCCAGCCUGCAUCUAGCUACUUUUGACGCCCACCUGACGGAGCUCUCUGAUGAGCAGGCCAAGUACUUAGGCCUGAACAAGAACGGUCCUUUCAAACCCAACUAUUACAGGUACUAGUCUACAAAGGGGACUCACGCAUUGGCUCACCUCAACAUUACCUAGAAGUCCCUGUCCAGAAGACAAAAGAAAGCUAUAUAUAUAUAUAUUUUAUAGACUUGUAUCAUGUCAGUUUUUAUUCUGUAUGGUCGGCCACGGCAGCCUUGCCUUCACCGGCUGCUCCCUGCAUAACCCCACCCGAUACGCACCAGAUAAUGGAGGACCACUCAAAAAAAUUCAGCGUUAAACGCACACUGUGCUGUCACCUUCAGGUUUGAUUUUCACGUGCAUCCAUUUUUAUAGCUGCUCAUAUUCAGAUAUCUCUUAGUUACGGAAUCAAGUGUUAAUGUACAGUGCCAAACCAUUGUGGAGAGAGUUGAGUUGUGAAAUCAACUAGAACUUUCUGCUUUGAUUUUGCUUUACACGCCUGCACCCUUUGAAUAAGAGGUUUCCCCCAGGGGAUUGAUAAACGACCUUCCUACAUUCCAUCCAAAUGAAGAUGUUACUAUAGUCGCUGAGAAACACCGUCCUGGAUUGAUCAGUGUUCAUCCUGCUGCAGACCCGCACAGAAUGGAUGAGACGACUUUAUUCCUGUACGGGUUCUAGAACAACACGAGAGCAAGUGAUGUGUCCGUCACUGAGGUUGCUUGUGUGUCCGGUCAGAUCAGAUCAUUUGGUGCACCUCAGGGCAUUCAGAUUUCUGAAAUUUGAUGUAAAUAUCUCUUUACUCGGGGGGCCUGCUCUGCUUGGCCGUCUCUAUAGCCACGUCCAUUUUCAGUGUCUCACUAUUCUGAGUUUAAAAAUUGAGAUGUAACUGUUCAUUGUGUAACGAUGAUAAUUGUAUACUGUUAAUUUUCUAUACACAUCCGUCUAGAUUAGCCUUACCUGUCCAGAGAACUGACCACGGCAGCUGUGUCCUGUGUAGAGUCACACAUGUGGAGGCAUAGACUACAUAUUAAACAGUGUUUGAAACUCAGAUUAUGGAAAGGUAGGUUACCUACUUCUAGAUACAUACAUACA